AUGCCACCUAUUUACUUGAUCGUGUUACUGACAGUGCUGGACUUGUGUGUGCCGCUGUACCACGAUCAGUUCGCUCUGCUCGUGCCAGAUGGCCGUGCAGAUGAACUGGCCCACAGGCAUGGCUUUAUUAAUCAUGGACAAAUUGGGAACUUGAAACAUUUCUAUCUUUUCUCACACCCGCACGUAAGCAAAAGGUCUGUCAACGCGAGUAAAGUUUAUGAGAUACGCUUGAAAAAUGAUCCUCAGGUAAGAUGGGUGAUGCAGCAGCGAGAGUUACGAAGAGUCAAGAGAAAUCAACGCCCUCGACACGUGAUGCGCGAUACGCCGAUGGCAUUUCCAGACCCUUUGUUUAAGGAGCAGUGGUAUUUGAACGGCGGCGCCGCAGAUGGUCUGGACAUGAACGUUGGGUAUGCCUGGCGCAAGGGGUACACGGGUAAAGGGGUAGUUAUUACAAUAUUAGAUGAUGGCAUCCAGCCCAACCACCCGGAUCUCUUGCAGAAUUAUGAUCCCGCCGCGUCAACAGAUAUAAACGGAAACGACACUGAUCCCACACCGCAGGACAAUGGUGACAAUAAACAUGGCACCCGUUGCGCUGGAGAAGUCGCUGCGGUCGCCUACAAUAGAUAUUGUGGCGUAGGCAUCGCAUACAAUGCUAGCAUAGGAGGUGUGAGAAUGCUAGAUGGCCUAGUUAACGAUGCAGUGGAAGCUAAAGCGCUCGGAUUUAAUACUCACCAUAUAGACAUCUAUAGCGCUUCCUGGGGACCCGAGGACGACGGAAAAACCGUCGACGGACCUGGCCCCUUAGCUAGAAGGGCUUUUAUAAAUGGCGUUACAAAUGGCAGAGGAGGAAAAGGCUCUAUUUUUAUAUGGGCAUCGGGAAACGGUGGAAGGCAUACCGAUUCCUGUAACUGUGAUGGUUAUGCUAAUAGUAUAUUUACAAUAUCAAUAUCUAGUGCCACUCAAGGUGGAUAUAAACCUUGGUAUUUAGAAGAGUGUUCGUCUACUUUAGCCUCAACUUAUAGCUCGGGCACCCCUGGUAGGGAUAAAAGUGUUGCGACAGUCGAUAUGGACGUUCAGUUGCGACCGGAACACAUAUGUACCGUCGAUCACACGGGUACAUCAGCGUCCGCUCCAUUAGCGGCCGGAAUUUGUGCUCUGUCAUUAGAAGCGAACUCGUUAUUAACGUGGAGAGAUAUGCAACAUCUUAUCGUAAUGACGUCCAGGUCACAACCAUUAGAGAAAGAGGAAGGAUGGAUCGUUAAUGGUGUAAAACGAAAAGUAAGUCAUAAAUUUGGUUAUGGACUAAUGGACGCGGGACAAAUGGUUUCAUUGGCGGAACAAUGGGUAAACGUACCGCCUCAACAUAUAUGUAAGUCGCAAGAAAUAAACGAGGACAGGUCAAUUGAAACUUCUUUCGGCUAUACGAUAUCCGUUCACAUGGACGUGAAUGGCUGUAGCGGCACAAUGAAUGAGGUCAGGUUUUUGGAACACGUUCAAUGUAAAAUAUCACUAAGUUUUUUUCCAAGAGGAAACUUACGGAUACUGCUUACUUCGCCAAUGGGGACUACGUCUACCUUGUUAUUUGAAAGGACUCAUGAUGCGACUAGUUCUAACUUUGACGACUGGCCGUUUUUAAGCGUACAUUUUUGGGGUGAAAAUGCGGAGGGUCGAUGGACACUUCAAAUAAUAAACGCGGGAAAUAAUCACGUUACUCAGCCGGGUGUGUUGAAAAAAUGGCAACUUAUUUUCUACGGAACAGCUACAAAUCCAAUAAGAUUGCGAAAUAAAAGUUAUUUCAACUCGAAUAAUGUUCAACAAGAAGAGAAAACCUAUCACAUUAACGACGUCUACGAUGCGUCUGAAUAUUCGCAAUUUCUCAACGAAAUUGAGCUCGGUAUUUCAGAUAGGCGAAACUACCCGAAAAACAUUCCAUCAGCGCAGAGAAAAAAUGUAUUGGCGGAUGCCAAUGACAAGCAAGUGCAAAGAAUGUGUGAUCCCGAGUGUGACUCGCAAGGCUGUUAUGGAAAGGGGCCAACUCAAUGUGUUGCAUGUAAACAUUAUCGUUUAGAUAAUUCAUGCGUUUCCAGAUGCCCACCCAGGAGUUUCGUAAAUCAGGGUGGCGUAUGCUGGCCUUGUCACGAGUCAUGUGAAACUUGCGCUGGGGCUGGUCAGGAUUCAUGUCUCACCUGUGCUCCCGCACAUUUACUUGUGGUUGAUUUAGCCGUGUGCCUUCAGCAAUGUCCUGACGGCUAUUAUGAAGAUCAAGAUGCAAAUGCUUGCUUCCCUUGUGCAGAACAUUGUGAUACGUGCUCAGAAAAAGCGGAUAUGUGUUCCUCAUGUGCACAUAGCUAUGUUUUAUACAAUGGAUCGUGCUUAGCCGCUUGUCCUCCUGGCACAUAUAGAAAAGAUAACUUUGGCUGCAUGUCGUGCCACGAAUCGUGUGAGUCCUGUAGUGGGCCGAGUGAAACUUCAUGUGUUUCGUGUAGAAUUGGAGAUUAUGCAUUUAAAGGUCGCUGUGUAUCCAAAUGUCCAGCAGGAAAUUACGCAGACAUUCAAAAAAGAGAAUGCAUACCAUGCCCGAUUGGAUGUUUAAUCUGUACGUAUGCGUUUUGUUCUGUUUGCCACGAUAAAUGGGUUCUUACUAAAAGCGGAAGCUGUCAGCCAAAUGGAAACGAUAAAUGCGAUACCAACGAAUAUUACGAAGGAGGGCGUUGCAAAAAUUGUCAUUCCACUUGUGAGAAAUGUAGCGGACCAAAUGAGUGGGACUGUUUAUCUUGUUCAAGCCCGUUGUUAUUGCAGGGAUCGAGAUGCGUAGCAGAAUGUGGACAAGGUUUUUAUCAGACAGCUGGAAGUUGUUCGAAGUGUCCCCAUACGUGCACAAAUUGCGUAUCAAGGUUAAAUUGUACAGCAUGUGAUGGUGCUUUACGUUUGCAGUCAGGGACCUGUCGACCUACUUGUGCACCUGGAUACUAUCCUGAUGAAGGAACUUGUUCAAAAUGCUACCUAUCUUGUGAGACUUGCACUGGUCCUAGGAGAGACCAGUGCGCAUUAUGCCCUCCAGGCUGGAGGCUAGCUGCUGGAGAGUGUAGACCAGAAUGCCCCCAGAACUUUUUCCCAUGGGGGGAUAGUUGUAGAAAGUGUCAUCAUUAUUGUCAAGACUGUCACGGUGCUGGGCCGCAACGGUGUACAUCCUGUCCGCCGCAUUUCUCUUUAGAAAGCGGCUUAUGUGUUGAGUGCCUUAGUUCUCAAUAUUAUGAGCCUAGAACGAGGACAUGCCGUCCAUGUCAUGAUUCUUGCAGAUCUUGCUCUGGACCUGGUCCCACUAGUUGCGUAACAUGCGCGCACCCGUUGCGUUUAGAUAGAGUGAAUCACAAAUGCCUGCCGUGUUGCACAGAGAGCAUGGUUACGUUCUAUUUGAGUACGAACCAAUCAUCUGACUGUUGUCAUUGUGAUCGAGAUGUGGGUGGUUGCCUCAACGGAUCAUCGGCGGGUAAGAGACGCAUUGCAGAGAACAUAGGGUCUCGUAUGACGGCUUCAUUUUUUGUGGACGACUCAAAAGACACGGCGACUGUGGUCGACCGAGAUUUAUUGGUUAUUAUCAGCGCCGGUGCCACAGUGUUUGUAGUGGCGAUUGCGUUGAUCGCUUUAAGGUUCAGAUCAAAGAGACGUAAAAAUCUCAAAGUAUUUCCUAGAACGACAUACUCACAACUAACGUCUGUUGACGAAGAUUACACCUCAGUGAGUCUAUCACACACCGCUUUGAGGAUGAGACCAGAAGAAGCCAGAGAAGAACCAACAUAG